AUGGGGAUAUCUGUGAGCCGGUACUCAGAUAUCACAAAUAAUGAAUUGGUGGCUCGGUUCUGCUCCACAGACGUUAUCAGCCCAAAUGAUCCUUUCUGGAAUCAGCUGUUGGCAUUUAAUAUUCAAUUACCGUUGAAUCCUGAUGAGCAACUUAUUUUUGACUCAAGCACGGAAGCUUUAUUGCAAAAGUUUCUACAGAAUAACCCACAGACGGGAAAUCUUGGCUCGUUAGUUCAAGUAUUCAUCACUAGAGCUACAGAAUUGCUAGCAGCGCCUAAUACUGAUAAUGUUAUGCUAGCAUGGCAAAGUUAUAAUGCAAUAUUUUUUAUUCGAGCUGUCACAAAAUAUUUAGUUGAAAUGGUGCCGGAGUAUGAAUUAUGCAAACAUCUAGAUGUGCAAGCUAGAAUUUCAGUUAAUCCACCAACACAAGACCAAGAGUUAAGCACAGAGGUGCCGAGUAAACUAGUGACUGGGGAGAGUCGAGUGGAAAUGCUUAUUGAUGCUCUUAUCAGUCUCAUUGUUGAUGUCCCAGUGACGGACAACACAUACCACCUACAUCUAGAGAGUAUAAAUACACUUCUAGUCCUUAUGUCUGUCUAUAUGUUUGCUGGCAUACAUGGACAGACUAGGCUAGUUGAAACAUCUCUAAUUUACAGAACUCUAUUCCAGGGAAGAUAUAGCAUGCAAGCGCCAUUGUUAGUAAAAACUCUCUUGAACAAUUUAUCCAAUAUGGCGCCGGCGCCCCUCCAAUUCGGAUCGCAGGGACCUGGCAGUCUAUUAAUUAAUAUUGCUUCCUCUCUAUGGAACAUGUUAACCCUUAACGCGGCCGCCUCUCACACCAUAUACACGCAGCCGCCGUUAGACCGACACGAGCUGCUCGAGCGGUUGACGCGCGAACACCCGCUCGCGAACCAGUCUUGUCUCCUACUCCUCGCGCUCGCCAACCACUACAUAAACGACGAUAACUUGUACAGGUGUGCGUUGUUGAGGUGUGAAGAUUCGAAUGAUAACUCGUCCACAACACCUCAAAAGGACACCAAUAUACCGGGACAAAUCACUCCGCCGAGGAUAGAUAUGGCAGCUCUACACAAAGCACUAUGUGCUACAGCCGGUUGCGAGCAUUCGACCCUGCUCCUCUACCUGAUGCUGCAUUCUUGUAAAGCAUACAAACGGCACGUUACCAACGUGCCGCAUAUUGAGAACUUGAUAAUUCCCAUACUGCAAGUGUUGUACAACGCACCAGACAGUAAUUCGCACCACAUAUACAUGUCACUUAUAGUGCUACUUAUACUUACAGAGGACGACGCCCUUAUAAAAAACGUGCAUUUAAUUAUGCUAAAAAACUUGACAUGGUACAGCGAAAGAUCAGUAUCGGAGAUAUCCUUGGGUGGUUUAAUGGUUCUAGUCGUGGUACGGGCGUUGCAGUACAAUAUGGCGAGAGUAAGAGACAAGUACUUGCAUACAAACUGCUUGGCUGCUAUAGCGAAUAUGAGCUGUGAAUUCAGAAACCUGCAUCCAUAUGUUGCGCAAAGACUGAUAUCCCUAUUUGAAACGUUAAGCAAGAGAAGAGCAAGAUUAUGUAGUGAAAUAGAAGGUGGGGACAUAAAUAGUAUAGAAUUGCCACAUCAUGCCGAGGAGAAGACGGAAGAAAUUAUGGAACACAUAGCUGUAUUAGAUGAAGUCUUAAGGAUGCUGUUAGAGAUAGUCAACUCGUGUCUGACACACCAGCUGUGCAACAACCUAAAUCUGGUGUACGCCCUGCUGCACAAGAAACAGCUCUUCCAACAACAUUCCCACCACAACAUCGCGCAGAAUAUUGAAAUGGUGAUCGGUUACUUCUCGACGCGACUACAACGGGUGCAAGAGGGUGCUGGCGGGGAAUUAGGCGUGACAGAAGUAUUACAAUGUAUUAAGAAGGGUGCAGAGCAAUGGUCGAGUGACCGGCUAAAGAAAUUUCCGGACCUGAAGUUCCGUUAUGUAGAAGAGGAUAGGCCAGAAGAAUUCUUCACACCGUACGUGUGGUCGUUGAUAAGUUCUUGUGGGAACAUAUACUGGGCCAGUGAGUGCGCUACUAGGGCUUCUACUGAGCUACUCGCGUGA